AUGCCGGCCUACCACUCCAUCUUCCUUGAUGAGCCCAACCAGCAGAUAAUAGGCAACAUCGCCCUCCUUCCCCUCCGCACCCGCACCCGCGGCCCCGCCCAACAACUCCCCCCCCUCUCCCCCACCGAAAACGACCUCAUCAUCGACGCAUCUCACCCCUCCUACGACCCCGUCGACGAGAUCCUCUCCCUCUUCCGCGCCAACACCUUUUUCCGCAACUUCGAGAUCAAGGGCCCCGCGGACCGCAUCCUGAUCUACGGGAUCCUCUUCGUGUCGGACUGCUUGUCUCGGCUGAAGCCCGGUAUGAGCCGGCGCGAGGGGGAAAAAGCGCUGGGCAAUGUGAGCCUGGAUAGCAGUUUCAAGGUGCCGGGGGAUGCGGGAUUUCCGCUUAAUCAGGCGUUUGAGGCGCCCAGGGAUAGGGGGCAGGCGGAGGUGUUGAGGGGGUAUCUGAUGCAGCUGCGCCAGGAGAUUGCGGGGAGGUUGUUGGGGAGGGUGUAUGCGGAGGGGGAUGCGCCGAGUAAGUGGUGGUUGAGUUACACGAAGCGGAAAUUCAUGGGCAAGGCGCUGUGA